AUCCGUUGGCCUACACCUGGCCUCUCGCAGCAUAUGCUCUCUUUCUCCACUACCCCUCUCCCUACCAACCCGCCGCCGGCGCCUGUAACCCUGAUUUGAUGUUCGUUCUUCUUUGAUCUACGAAUUCUGACUGGAGGCGGAAUAACGUAAGGAUCGAUGUCAAAGCGCCGCUCCGAUGGGCUGGGCGUUGGACGGAAGGACAAGCGCCGCCGUCGCAACCUUUACUUUGUCAUCAAUGACGGGAAGGGACACGCCAUCCGAAAGGUAGAUCUGUCCUCGGAUUAUGAUUCGGACGACGACGCCAAACACCAUAAGGAAGGAACGAUCGACGCGCUGGAGCUGCCCCUGCCACGCGUUCUCAUACGCUUUCAUGAUUCUUUAACUGGCGAGUUCUUCGCUGCCAGUGGCACCAAGAUCCUAGUUGCGGGGUGCAAUUUGCCUAAGCGCGCUGCCCCUGCCUUUGAUGUUCGCACAAGGACUCUUAGCCUUGGCCCCCUGCCCCAGGCGUGUCCCCGGAAGCCACUCUACAUGCCUGUCGGCUACAGCCUUGUCUCCUUGGACUUUGGAUCCACCCAGUUUCUUGAUCCUCCCCCACCAGAGAACACUGGCUUUGAAUGGUCAUGGCAGAAGCUCGCGAAGGCUCCCUUCAAGCACCUUGACGUCACCUGCCAUGCCGCCCACCCUAAUGGGCGUAUACUCUUUGUGAGCACCCUGACUGGAGGCUCCCCUGCUACUUUCACCCUUGAUACUGACAAUGGCGUGUGGAAGCAACGCAGCAAUUGGACACUGCCAUUCAAAGGCCAUGUGCACUUUGACCCUGCGCUUGGUGCCUGGGUCGGGUUUCCUGAGGCGAAGAAACACCUUGGCUACCUCUGCUCCUCUGCUGUGGUGACCAUCGAUGAUGUUGACAGCAGCACCAACCUGCAACCUGGCAGGGUGCCCAUCGCCCCCAACACCGGCAGGGUCCAACCCACUUAUUCUGAUGAUGGGGAGUCGAGUGAUAGUGUUUCAGGCAGCGACUUACCCCCUAGGUGGAGGCUCGGCAAAGAGAAGAUUUUCUGUGAGGACCCAGCCGAGCAACACCUUGGUGCUGCCCUUGUCUACAUGGGAGGUAGAAGCAAGUAUUGUCUGCUGCAAUGCUUGUCCGUUUCAGAUUACCAGGUGGAUGUGAAGGAGGAGGACCUACAUUGUCGCCAUCUGCUCCGUCUAAUGACAUUCACUCUCAAGUACAAUAAGAAUGGAGAACUGAGCAUUGCCAAGCGACGACGGGUUCGAUGCUAUGAGCUGCCUCCUGAUGCAUAUCCGCCCUUUGCUGAUAUCCCAGCUUUCUGGAUAUAAAGCAAGCUAUGAUAUGCUGCAAGUCAUAUCAACAAUUAUGGAUGUGAAUCUUGGUAUAAGCUAUCUUAUUAUUAUGUUCAAAAAAUAAACUCUGUAGCAGUACAUGCUCCCCUGGUGCCUCCUGUUUAUCUUGCUGCAAGUUCGAAUCUUUGUCACUUAAGAAUGAUGCCUGCACUUUAAGAGUAGUAUUAUGAACUCUGUACAAAUUCAUGUUAUUGUUAUCCUCUCCAAUGUUGCACUUGUAUUUUGUCUAAUCUGUACAAACGUUUAUGAAAGCUGAUUGUAGCAUGUCGAGUUGUCUUUUUAA